CUUUUCACAGCCUUCCAUUCUCACUGCGCAUGCGCGACUCAGGGAGCACGCAGCACAGCGAUCGGCGAAGCUCUGUGUCUCUCGGACACAGCAGAGGGGACAUGUACACUGAUCAUCAGGGCACUGAUGAUCCGUGUGCCCUGAUGAUCAGUGUGGCCCCAGAAGUACCACCUGUCAGUGUCCAUCAGUGCCAGCUGUCAGUGCUGAACAGUGCCACGUGCCAGUGCCCAUCAUUGCCACAUCAAUGCCACAUAUCAGUGCCUACCAGUGCACAUCAAUGCCACAUAUCAGUGCCCAUCUGAGUUGCCCUCCAGUGUCACCCAUCAGUGCCAGUCAGUACCAUCUAUCAAUGCCAAUCAGUGCCACCUAUCAGUGCUGCCAAUCAGUG